AGUUUCAGCACAUUCUCCGUGUGUUGAACACAAAUGUUGAUGGUAAGCAGAAGAUUAUGUUUGCCCUUACCUCUAUCAAAGGUAUUGAGAGGCAAUUGUCCAACAUUGUCUGCAAGAAGGCUGAUGUCGACAUGAACAAGAGGUUUGUAGCUUUUUGUCAGUCUCUUCUACAGCUGGUGAGUGAUCUGCUGCCGAGAUUGACAACC